GGUUUCCUUGGAGAAGGUAUUUGUUGUAUCGCGUUACGUUGUUAGUGGUCGCGUCGUGUCGUGACUCAAUUCAACCUCAAUUCAUACUUGUCAAAACUCUUUUUCAGUGUACCAAAGAAAGCCGUCCUGAUUUACAAAAAUGGCUCAAGAAGUCGAAGAGACUAUGAAGCGAAUCCAGUCGCAUAAGGGAGUCGUUGGAACAAUCGUUGUCAAUUCCGAAGGUAUUCCCAUAAAAUCAACACUGGACAACACCACAACUGUCCAAUACGCUGGACUGAUUAGUCAACUUUCGGACAAAGCACGUUCCGUCGUUCGUGAUCUCGACCCUACCAACGAUUUAACGUUUUUACGCAUUAGAAGUAAGAAGCAUGAAAUAAUGGUAGCGCCCGACAAAGAGUUCAUAUUAAUAGUUGUGCAGAAUCCCGUUGAUUAACAUGAAAACAAAUUUUUGGCUGCAAUUCCUGUUGAACAAUGUUUCUUUCUGCGGACAGGCAGAAUCAUUGUUUUCCUAAGAUUAAUUGUUAAACACUCGUUUUAUUUCUUCACCAUAACAGCGAUUAAUAAAUUUUAAGUUACAAUUUCCUUCUGGUACUUCAAAGAAUAUUGUCUCUGAUUUUACAGGCGCAUGUAUUCAAUGUCAUUCACUUUAUAUUUGCGUGUAGCAAAAAUCACUGACAACGUAAGAUUAUUGCAAUAAGAGGAAGUUUCUAUGUACCAAUGAAAUAUGAUUUUAGGAAAAUGAAGAAAAAAUCACUUUUUAUGCACGACAGUAA